AUGGCCCUUCAGGAAGUCGCACCGUCUCCCUCCGUCCCUGCCUCCUCUUCCUCCUCUGCAUCCCCCGCUUUUCCCGCUCCUUCUCGCCUCGAUCCCCUAUCUCCUCACCUUCCAUCCCCGCUCGGCGCCCCUUCCGCGGCCUCCGCGCCCGACAACCCCAUUUCCCCGCGAUUCUCCUCCCCGCGCGCAAUCUCCCCCCCGCCGCUUCCGCCGCCCCCUCCCCCGUCCGUCUGGGCGCGUGUGGAGCGCACGAUCAAUUCUCUAUGCCACAACCGCUGGUUGGGGCUCAUCUGCGGGCUAUGGCUGCUCGCGUGCGCGGGGAGCUCUGCGACGUUCGCGAUCUACUCGCCGGCGCUGAAAGCCGUGGGUGAUUACAACCAGCGGGAGGUGGACGGGCUCGCCGUGGCGAAGGACAUGGGCGAAAGCGUGGGGUUACUGCCCGGGCUGCUGUGCGACGCGCUGCCCGUGUGGGCGCUCGUGCUCGUCGGGUCGCUGCACUAUGUGGUCGGCUUUAGCGGGCUGUUCGCCGUCGCCACUAAGCGCAUCCUGCCGCUGCCGUUCUGGCAGAUGUGCGGGCUGAUGCUGAUGGGGUCGCAGGGCACGGCGUGGUUCAACACAGCGGUGCUCGUCACGUGCGUGCGCAACUUCCCGCGCUCGCGCGGCUCGGUGGUGGGGCUACUCAAGGGCGUGGUCGGUCUAUCGGGUGCCAUCUUCACGCAGGUGUACGCCGCGCUCAUCGCGCCGGAUCAGGCGGCGUACCUGGGGUUCAUCGCCGUCGUGCCGCCCCUCGUGUCGCUCCCCGCCAUGACGUUUCUCAGGCCGUCGAAGCGGCUGCGCGCGGGGCACUGCACGGCGCACGAGACGGAGCGCGACGUGCGGCGGCGCGAGGAGCACGAGGCGCAGACGCUGCACACGUUCCUGGUGAUCGCGCUGGGGCUCGCGGCGUACCUGCUGCUCGCCAUGCUGCUCCACGACAGCAACUCGUCCCAGCAGUUCAACCGGGGCAUACUCGCGGGGAUGGUCUCCUUCCUGCUGCUGCCGCUAGCCACCUUCCUCCCCCCGCUCUUCCCCACGUCCUCCGCGCUCCCAUCCACCACGCUCACCCCCACUGCCUCCGUCACUCCCCCCAAGUCCCGCCGCCCCUCCGCGGAGGAUGGGGGCGCAGGCGAGGGGGUGCUGGAGAGGAGCCGCACGUGGGACGGGGGGGAGGUGGGGGGAGCAGUGGGGGCGGGGGCAGCGGGGAGACUGGGGGGAGCAGGGGGAGCGGGGGGGGAAGAGGGGAGGGAGGAGCGGGCAGUGAUGCUGGGCAGCUUUCCAGAAGACGAGGCGCUGCUGGGAGGAGGGGACAGGCGGGGGAGGGAGGGGGAGAGGGAAGGCGGGGGGGCGGGACGAGGAGUGUUGGAGCACAGUGAGAGCUACGACUCAUUGCUGCCGGUGUUCUCGCAGUCCACUUUCUCCCCGCCCACGCCUGCCUUCACCAUUGGCGCCUCGCCCCCGCCUCCUGCACUCACUCUCACUGCUGAUCCUGCUGCCGCCGCUGCUCCCGUUUCUCCAGCUGCAGGCACAGGUGCCGGGGGCAGUGGUGCUGCUGCUGGUGCAGGUGGUGGUGCGACCGCACUGCGCAGUCCAGUGGGUCUGGCAGCGGCCCUGGCACCAGCGUCACAGCGCUUCUCCUCGCUGCGCCCCUCUGCACAAGGAGCCUCCUCUGACUCGGCGCGCAAGGGAGCCCCUGCUUCCGCAUCGGCGGGUGGUGGCGAGGAGGAGCGGCGGCGCAAGCAGGCGGAACUACUCCUGGCAGUGGGCGAGGGCGCAGUGCGCGUGGGAGGGGGCAGGCGGCGGGCAGGGCCGCGGAGAGGCCAGGACUUUACCCUGCAGCAGGCGGCUGUGAAGGCGGAUUUCUGGCUGCUGUUUGUGUCGUUCCUGUGCGGCACGGGCAGUGGGCUGACGGCGAUUAACAACCUGGCGCAGAUGGGCGCGGCACAGGGGUACUCGAGCGUGCGCGUGUUCCUGUCGCUGCUGAGUGUCAGCAACUUCGUGGGGCGCCUGCUGGCGGGAUACGCGUCGGAGCAUGUGGUCAAGGACCACAUGUUCCCACGCCCCGUGCUGCUGCUGCUAGCGCAGGCCCUCAUGGCAGUGGGCCACAUAUUCUUCGCGCUCGCCUUCCCGUCCUCCCUGCACCUAGGCUCCGUGAUAGUGGGGCUGUGCUACGGCGUGCACUGGUCCAUCAUGCCCGCCACGGCCAGUGAGAUCUUCGGCCUCAAGCACUUUGGCAUGCUCUACAACACGCUCACUGCUGCUUGCCCUAUGGGCUCCUUCGUCUUUUCUGGGAUGAUUGCGGGGUACUUGUAUGAUCGGGAGGCGGAGAAGGAUCAUGUCCAUGAGUGCUACGGCGCACACUGCUUCCGCCUCACCUUCUUCAUCAUGGCUGCCGUGUGCCUCUUUGGGGUGUGCAUGAACCUCAUCCUAAUUCUGCGCACCCGUGUUGUGUACGCGUCGCUGUAUGCCCAGCCUGACGCCAAGGCUCGGAAGGAGGAGGCAGAGGUGCGGGCUGCUGCUAGAGAGGUGGUUUCUGCGGCUGCUGCUGCUGCGCGGAGGGCCCGGUUAGAAGGGCACGGAGGACGACGAGGGGUGGACCAAUUGCCCCUUUCCAGAUACGUCCCCACAGGCCACACUCUCGGUCGCGGCGCCUUCGGCACCGUUCGCGUGUGCCGCGACUCCGCAACAGGCGCCGAGGUCGCCGUCAAGACAAUUUCGAAGCGGAUUCUUGCGCAGGACAAUCCGGAUUUUGCGGAUGACCUCCGGCAGGAGGUGGCUAUCUUGCGGCUCGUCUCCCGCAGUGAAGUGAGCGGCGUGGUGCGGCUGCUAGACGUGCGGGAAUCGCGCGAUCACGUGCAUCUCGUCAUGGAGCGGUGCAACGCCGGGUCGCUCUCGGCCCUGAUCAAGUCGCGUCAACGGCUACCUGAGCACGAGGCUGCUGACGUCAUCAGGCAGCUGCUUACGACAGUAGCAGGGCUUCACAAUUUAGGAGUGAUUCACCGAGACUUGAAGCCCGAGAACGUGCUGCUUUGUUGCCGCAAUACUAGCUGCAUGGCCACUGCUGACUGCCAGACCUGCAGUCGAACGGGAAUAGACGCGAUCAACGGUGUUUCCAGCAACAGCGGCGACACAGCGCGCGAGGACUGCGCACUCGCGGACUUCGGCCUCGCCGUCUGCCUCCCCGCGCCGUCCGCGCAGAUCCGCGGAGUGGCGGGCACGGCGUUUUACAUGGCGCCGGAAGUGGCGCGCGGGCGGCUGUACGGGCGGGAGGCGGACAUGUGGUCGCUGGGCGUGGUGCUCCACGUGCUGCUGUCCGGCCGCCUCCCCUUCUACGGGCGCACAGAGGACGAAACGCGGAAAAGGGCGUGUGCGGGCCACGUGGUGUUCUCAGAGAAGUACUGGGCGGGAGUGCAGGGGCAGCGCGGCAGGCGGUGCUGCAGAUGCUGA